AUUCGAACAUUUUGAUGGCUUUAAGCAAUGUUGGAUCAAUUGUCCUAAAUAUCCUCGUCUUCAUUACAGCCCUGGUGAACUUCAGCUACACACUCACGACUCUUGAACCAUUCGUCCUGCUCGUGUUGUAUGCGACAUCCAAGCUCCUCAUGACCAGGCCAGAGAAAGGAAUAUUCACGAAAUGUCGUCAGCGCCAUCUCUACCAGGACGGAUGACAGUGAUAGGUCCUGAGAAUGGCUACGAAUCCCCGGGUUCGCCUAGUCUCCAGAGACUGCAGUCGAAGCGCAGGCGAAAGCGUGGAGAAAGGAGGAGGUUGAGACCCUCGACAAGCGCAGACGAAUCGAGCGGGGAGGCAGGAGGUCUGGAGACUGGAACAUAUAUAAUAAAUGGAGGGGCAGGGUCAGAGAAGAAAUUCGGUGAUUUGAAGAGGCCACGAAAGACGGCGGGGUUUCGAGAUCGCAUCGGGUGCUACACAUGGACGUGGUUUACAAUGAACAUGGCAACUGGGGGGAUUGCCAAUGUUCUACACUCGAUUCCUUACAGGUCCGACUGGUUACGGAUAAUUGGAAUUGUGGUUUUCCUCUUCAAUGUUUUCCUGUUUCUUAUGAACUGCCUUCUUCUUACGUUGAGGUUUCGGUGGAAUCCAGGGUCCUUUCGUCUUUCCUUUAUAAGCCCAUCUGAAUCCUUGUUUAUUCCCGCUUCUGUUGUUUCAACAGGCACGAUUCUCAUAAAUUCUUGCCAAUAUGGAAUACCGGAAACGGGAGAAUGGUUUCAAACAACUAUGCAGGUGUGCUUCUGGGUAUAUGUUGCCAUAGCUGUAGUGGCCAGUGCAGGUAUAUAUCUGAUCAUUUGGUCAACCCAAACAUUCCCAAUACACACAAUGACGCCAAUUUGGAUCUUUCCCGCAUAUCCUCUUCUUCUUACUGCACCAUUUGCAGCCAAUCUCAUCGACUCAUUACCCGACGCCGCUGCGGCGGCACGGAUAAAUUCUACAGCUGUAGCUUUUGGUUCAAUCUGCGUACAAGGCACUGGGUUCCUCGUCAGCUUGAUGAUCUACGCUGCGUUUAUCUACCGUCUUAUGACUCAAAAGCUUCCCCGUGAAACUGCGCGACCCGGCAUGUUUGUCUCCGUUGGUCCCAGCGGCUUCACUGUGGCCGGAAUCGUGCACCUUGGGAAUACCGUCAUGCAGAAAAUCAUGCCAAACGGGUAUCUAGGCAAUGACUCUGCGGGAUUCUUCUUCAAGAUCGUCGCCGAUAUCGCCGGCCUCUGGCUCUGGGGGCUCUCGUUAUGGUUCUUCAUCGUGAGCGUCGGCGCCCACUGGCAAGUACUGCAAUUCCGCAACGCCAAGCACCACAUGCACUAUGACAUGACGUGGUACUCGUUCGUGUUCCCGAACACGGCCAUGAUCACCGCUACGCAGGCUAUCGGCAGGACGUUUGAGAGCGAUGCGAUCCAGAUCUUCGGGACCGUGUUAUCGGUCAUGUUAAUCGUGCUGUGGAUUUUUGUUUUCGGAAUGAUGCUCAGGGCGCUUUAUCUCCGGCGCAUCCUCUGGCCGGACGAGGAUAUUGAGGGGACGGAGAUGCCAGCGAAGGAGUUGGAGCCGGGUAUUAACGAUGGCGUUGCGAUCAACGGUGGAGUUACGGGGAAUCAUCCCGGUGGAGUUUAAUUUUGUCACGGGAAUAAUACCCACCGUCGGGAGGGUAUUGACUUGGGUAGGUAGAUAUGCUCGAUCAAAUAAAACGUCGCUGUUACCAUAUAGGUGGGUAGGUGUAUUCUCUGAGGAGAACUCGGAACACCAUCUCUCUACCUACUACCUUGGCUAUUUAUCUAUAUAACUACCUAGAC